AUGGCUGUGGCUCUAUUGAUCAUUCUUAUUGGCUUGCUCCUCGGCGGCAUCUACUGUAUUGAAGAGACGGUAUGCAGCCCUCUUAACAACUACGCUACGCAGGUCGAAUCAUGGCAACAAACUCCGUCAUAUGCCCCUACCCCUGGGAACUUCGGCUUCGAUACACCAUCCUUUCGUAACCCCUCCCCUCCGCGUAUAUCGCAGGAACACUCCACUCUAUUACCUGAACCCCUGCGUAGGCAAGUCAGCCUCUCUGACAACGCUGACUGGGAUGAUGAGAGUAUAUUAUACAUCAUCGAAUGGAAAGUAACCAUAAACAACCGGGUUGUGUCGAAAGACACCGAACAAGAUCUGGAGCUGAAGCCACGUGUCUACUGGCAAGCAAUCACCGAGAAGGCCAAAAGGAUCAUAGACCGGAAGAAGAACUCCAACCAACGCGUGAGACCAGAUGAUACCACGAUCGUGGUUUCUGUGAAUGAUCGUAAACAUCGCGACCUCACGAAACAAUUUGAAUAUACUGAUGUCGAUUGGACCGCUAUAGAGAGGCAACUUCUGUCGUGGAGGACGCUUUUCCAUGCGGGGAAGGAGUUAAGGCUUUCCAUAACUAUCAACUACUUAGAGGACAGCAACCCAUCUCCUUCUCGAACGAAUAAAAGAGGACCAACAUCGACAACGACGAGAAUGCUAGGGGAACGGGAAGCCCAAAUAGAAGCGGAACGCUCUUCUGGGCAACCUGCUGCCUGGCGGGAUGUGUACAAGGUGAUGCGUUGCCCUGGUCGACCGUGCCACCAUAAUGGCCAGUUCUGCUGGUUAGAUCCGGCAGGGAAAAAGCAUUAUAAACUCCUGUCACACCAUCUGAGAAGUCUUGUUCAGCACGUGGAGGACGGAAAUGUCCUAGAGACCCAUGACGAUGUUCCAUAUGAGGUUCGGGAAAGGUUGUAUGCAGAGGACGAAAAGCAGCGUGAAAAGGGGCAGAAAUAA